UUAUGGAAAACAGCGAAAGUGCGAGAUCUACGUGGAGAAAAUGUGCAAUCGACUUCACCAGCUGGUGAACGUCAGGGACAAAAUUCACCAAGGCAACUGAGGGAGAUACAGCUACGUGAAGAAAAUUUGCAGAAGCAGUUAUUGGAGACGAGACAACGUGAAGAACGCACUCGAAGGGAGAUGCAGCAACGCGAUCGAAAUUUGGAGAGGCAGUUAUUGGAGACGAAGAAGCGUGAAGAAAAUUUGCAGAGGCAGUUAUCGGCGGUAACGCCAUGUGAAGAAGAUUUUAAGGGACAGUUACAAGAGAUGCAUCAAACCGGCGUAAACUCACAAAGGCAGUUGCGAGAGAUACGGCAACGCGAAGAAAACUCGCAAAGGCAGUUGAGGGAGAUACGGCAACGCGAAGAAAACUCGCAGAGGCAGUUGAGGGAGAUACGGCAACGCAAAGAAAAUUCACAAAGGCAGUUAAGGGAAAUGCAGCAACGAGAAGAAACCUCACAAAGGCAGUUGAGGGAGAUGCAGCAACGCGGUACAAACUCACUAAGGCCUUCGAGGGAAAUUCAGCAACGGCUGGAGAACUUUCAACAACAGGUGUCCAUCUUAGAAAGACAGGUGAGAGAAAAAGACCAGGAAGUUAAUGAACUAGAGUUAAGUCUUUCGUCAGCCCAGCAAACAAUAAAUGACCUACAACGACAGGAAGAAUGCGACUGGGUCAUUUCCCGCGAUGAAAUUCAAAUGACCAACAAAUGCCUUGGCAAAGGAGGCUGGGGAAGUGUUUAUGAAGGUGUGUAUUGUGGCUGUACUGUAGCAGUGAAAAAAAUGCAUGAUCUGAUUCUCUCCCCUCAUAACAUACGUCUUUUCGAGAGAGAAAUGAAUAUUGCAUCCAAGUGCCGCCAUCCUCACUUGCUGCAGUUUAUCGGCGCCACCAACGAUAAGGGAAACGCUCUGUUUAUUAAGGAGUUGAUGGAAGAAAGUCUAAGGUCUCUGUUGGAACAACGUAAGCUCUCUGAAACUGAAAUACGUACCAUUUCUUUGGAUGUAGCCCGCGCACUGAACUAUCUUCACCAGAAGAAACCAGAACCCAUCAUUCACCGGGAUGUCAGCAGUGCGAAUGUGUUGCUAUGGCGACAGGAUGACCAAUGGAGAGGCAAAGUGUCAGAUUAUGGCACUGCUAAUUUCAUGCAGCAGACCAUGACGGUGGUUCCCGGAGCUAUGAUUUACAGCGCCCCUGAAGUAGUUACAUCGAACCAGACAGUGAAGGUUAGUUUCACUGCAUUUAGAACUUUUAAAUUCAAUAGCGUUUAA